AAGAAAGGUUAACGCUUAAACAAUAAAUGAAUAUACUGCAAUUUACCUACUUAAACCUUAAUGUGCUCUGUGAUUAAACCGAACUGUCGAUUCGAGUGACGACUGACGACUUGUCGGUGACGAAAACGAAAAACACAUUGAUUUCAAAAGUCAUACAUUACGGAAACAUAUUUUUCGAACAACUAACAUUGUUUUAGUAAUUGUAGUGUCGUUUUAUGACAGGAUUUGAACGCAGUUUAUUCGUGAAGUGUUACUGUUAUUAAAAUAUUUUUUCGCCUUUGUAAAUACGCAAUUAAUCAUGUCUAGUGAGGACAAAGCAGUUUUUAGUCGGCAAGCAUCAGAUGGAGGUAGUACGAGAGCAUUACAGUCUCCAGAUGAUGAGAAUGUCAAGUCGUGCUGGGUCUGUUUCGCCACGGAGGCGGAUGACAGACUCGCAGCCUGGGUUCAGCCGUGCAAAUGUAUUGGAACUACGAAAUGGGUUCAUCAAGGUUGCCUUCAGCGGUGGGUAGAUGAGAAACAGCGAGGAAAUAUAAGCAGGAAAGUGUUGUGUCCGCAGUGUAAAGCAGAAUAUAUUGUUGUAUUCCCUUCAAUGGGUGGAUUUGUGGCUCUUUUGGACGCCCUUGAGGAGAUCACACAUAAAAUAAGUCCAUUCAUAGCUGGAGGUGUUUUACUGGGCUCAAUAUACUGGAUAGCAAUUACAUAUGGUGCGGUUACUGUGAUGCAGGUGGUAGGUCACAGAGAAGGUCUAGAAAUGAUGGAGUCAGCUGACCCUCUGGUGCUGCUGGUGCUACUACCAACUAUACCAGUCACGCUGAUAAGCGCUAAGAUGUACAACUGGGAGGAUUCUGUGCUUCUCUUUUUGAGGAAGUAUUGUGCAAAGAUUCCUGCCCUCGCGUAUAUCCUGCCGUUUGGAAACGUGGAAGGCGACAGAGGAGCCAUAGUAUCAGGUCAGCACAAUAACACAAAUCAAAAUGGAAACUCACAUUUGUCUCCAACAAGAAUAUUUUGUUCCGCUUUACUGCUACCAACCAUUUCCACAAUAAUUGGUAAAAUGUUUUUCCGUUCUGUACAGAAUAACUUACACAGAACCAUUCUAGGUGGUCUUACAUAUAUAACAAUUAAAGGAGCAUUAAAAAUAUACCACAAGCAGAUGCUAUACAUUAGACAUUCUAGUAGAAAAAUUCUAGAUUAUACAGAAUCAAAUUUGAAAUUGUAUAGAAGCGCUAUGGCGUCUAGUGCUAAUGACGCCGUAUCCAGCACGAAUGAUUCCGAACAAGUUAUUUAAAAUUAUAUAAAAAUAUAUAUAUACUUAUACCGUUAUUAUGAUAUAACGGUCGUACUUUCAGUACAUCGGAUGUGAUAAAAUACUAAUUGACUGCUUUAUUAACUUUUUUAUUUAAUUUUGUUUAUAAGAUCACUCACCCAAUUGUCGAGUUUUUACAUACGCUAGAUAAAAAAAAAUGUUCUUUGUUUUG